UUUAGGCGGAUUGGAUUAAUCAGAAGAUGAAGUUACUCUACAUCGAUAGUUGAUAAAACAAUUUUUGUGAUUAUUGCUUGUCGAUAACAGGCCGAAAAUUUUGUCAUUGAAUUAGCAAGAUGGCACUUUUGCAUAAUCAAUUUAACCUUGAAAUUUUUAUAAAUGUUUGAUUAAUUGCACUAUGUUACAAAAAAUUUACUUAUGCAAUAAGUGGUAAUUUUACGCGAACUAGAUUUACAAUGCAGGAUUUUAUGUUGUCUCGUCAGCUUUCAGUCAAAAUUCUUAUGAAGAUGAUUCAAUAAACCGACAUGGAACAAAUCACGAAAAGCAUGUAUCAUUUUCACACAUAAGUUAUUCAUCCAUACAAAAUGAUAUUUUCAAAUUUCAAUAUUCGUCAAGUAUAAAAUGGAUGUGAAAUGUAAUUCUUAGAAACUCCGGUAAAGAAACAAAUAACUAAUUUAUAGGAACACAAUCAUGGCUGCAAAAAACAAUAUGUCUUUAGGUGUAAAGCAAGCUGAUGUAGAAAUGGAAAUUGCUAAAGGUGAACAAGAUGAUUUGUUAGAAGAUUAUCCAAAAUCAAAAAGAGAAAGAAUACAAAAGCUUCGUUCGAAGGCUUUAGUGUCAAAAAUCAUGAAACACGGUGUACCGCGAUCCACUGUAGAAUCUGUAUCAACGAAUCAACGGAUCAAAGAUUUAGCGCGACCAACAAAGCAACGUGCGUUAAUCACAUUGCGUGAAAGAGCAUCGAUAUUACCACCGACAUUCGUGGAUAAUCUUAUAAGGAUCAUCGAAGCUGAGUCCUGCUUAACUCCAGAGGAAGCCGCGCAAGUUCGUCGAAAAAAACGCAGAACGAAGAUAAAAACGCGAUUGCCGUACAGAAAAUGGAUGCGAAAAAUUUCGGAAGAUAUAGAAGACACGACAAUGGACAGAGACGCGGCAAUGUGCCAAUAUCUGAUAGCGAAACGCUUUGUCAAGAGUAUUUUGGAAUAUCAGUGCUUCACACCGAGGAAGGAUAUUCGCGAGAUCGCAGAUGUGAUAAUGAGACGCUUGAUAUCUUACGAAGCAUAUGCGGAUACCCGAAAUGACGAUCGAGCAACACAGCAAUUGCGCCUCUUGGCCGAUGUAGUGGCCUGUUGGAUAGCAGAGAUCCUUGUUGAGGUCGCAAGCACCCGUAAGUAUUCUCUGGAAGAGUAUUGCAGAAAGAGGAAGAUGAAAAUGGAGACGGAGAUGGAUGUUGACAAUGAAGUGAAUAGCAAAAUACAGGAUUGGAAGCAAAUAGAGCUGAAAAAAGAGAGGCAAGAAAAAAGGGAAAAUAAAAAUAAAUUUCAAACGGAAGAAAAGAGCAAAACAGCUGAAAAAGAGAAUAAAAAUGAGAAUGAGGAGCAAAAGAGAGAAAAUACGGAAGGCGAGGAAAAGCAGAAUAGAAGCGAGAAUGAGGAGCAAAAGAGAGAAAAUACAGAAGGCGAGGAAAAGGAGAAUAGAAGCGAGAAUGAGGAGCAAAAGAGAGAAAAUACGGAAAGUGAGGAAAAGAAGAAUAGAAGUGAGAAUGAAGAGCAAAAGAGAGAAAAUACGGAAGAUGAGGGAAAGAAGAACAGAAGUGAGAAUGAAAGUAAGAAUGAGGAGCAAAAGAGAGAAAAUAUGGAAGAUGCAUUGAUGAAAAAAGAGGAGGAAGACAGCAGAUAG